AUGGGCUCGUCGAGAUUCAUCCACGGCGGAGCUUGGCGUGACCCGCGCUUGACCGUCGACGCCUUUGUGCCAUCCAUCCAGCGCAUGCUCGAGGCGUCCGAGCUCUCCUCUCUACCGCCCAUCCGUGGCUUUGCCGCCAUCGAUUACCGGCUUUCUCCCCAUCCCGACUUUCCGCAGAAGGCGGCCGAGACGCCUGCCGCCGAGCUCCGCGUCGCGAGCCACCCGGACCACAUCUCGGACGUUCGAGCGGCCAUCGAAUUUCUCCACGCCGAGUGCGGCAUCGCCGACGAGUAUGUCCUCAUCGGCCACUCGGCCGGCGCCACCCUUGCCUACCAGCUGCUGAUGGGAGAGGCUGCACUCGUCGGCCUGCCGGCGCCGUCGACGAUCCCCCUCCCCGCCGCCGUCAUCGGCAUCGCCGGCAUAUAUGAUCUGGUCGGCCUGAACGCGAGGUUCGGCGACGGCUACGCCUCCUUCAUCACCGCCGCCUUCGGGGACGACCGCGGCCGCUGGCGGGACGUUUCACCGGCGAGCUAUGCCGGCACCUUCAAGGAGAACUCGCCUCGGCAGCGCCUGCACCUGCUGGCCUGCUCGCCGGAAGACAGCCUCAUCGACGGCCCCGAGAUCGAUGCCAUGGCUGCCAAACUGUCCGAGGAUGGCCUGCAUGCCACCGUCGUCAAAGAUCUCACGGGAGACCAUGACUUUGUCUGGCAGGAUGGAAGCCAGGUCGCCCGCCUCGUCGCGCAAGCCCUUGCCCAUCUGCAGGAGGCACCCGGAAGCUAA